GAAACCAGAGUAAAAUUGAGACCAUCAAAAACAGGCCCAUUGGCUAUCUCCCUACUCAUCUCUGCUUUAUGCACUUCGUUCUAUGUAAUUCAUUGUCAGUGUUCUUGGUAAUUCAAUAAUAACCAAUGGUAUAUUUUACUAUCAAUUGAGUAAGUUUAUAUUGCUUCUUAAACGCAAUGGCUACGAUGGGUGAACCUCUUACCUUAGCAAGGGAUGUCAAGAGGUCCAUUGAACUACUUGACAAAUUGCAAAAGAGCGGUGAAGUGCCUGCUACUAAAUUGGCUGCUCUGCAGAAAGUACUGCAGAGUGAUUUUCUCAAUGCAGUCAGAGAAGUUUAUGAACAUGUUUAUGAGACUGUUGAUAUCCAGGGCUCACAGGAUGUUAGAGCAUCAGCAACAGCCAAAGCCACAGUGGCAGCCUUUGCAGCAAGCGAAGGACAUGCUCAUCCAAGGGUGGUAGAGUUGCCAAAAACUGAAGAGGGACUUGGAUUCAAUGUUAUGGGUGGCAAAGAACAAAAUUCUCCUAUUUACAUCUCAAGAAUUAUACCUGGUGGAGUUGCAGAUAGGCAUGGUGGUCUGAAAAGAGGCGAUCAGUUACUUUCUGUGAAUGGGGUGUGCGUGGAGGGCGAGAAUCAUGAGAAAGCAGUAGAGCUACUGAAACAAGCUCAAAGUUCUGUGAAAUUAGUAGUACGCUAUACUCCUCGUGUACUUGAAGAAAUGGAAUUGCGAUUUGACAAACAAAGGGCUGCACGUAGGCGUCAACAUAUGCAGUAAAUUCAUCUUGACUUGUUUAUUGAAAUAUAUUUAAAACCAUUUUAUUGUUUAAAGUAUUCAUCUAUCAAAUUAUUAGACAGUUCUUUACCAAUUCAAUUAAGCGUUUGUAGUUCGUAAGUCUUUGGACAUUCUAU